GUUUUGCUUGAACACACUAGAACGUAUAACGUCUCAAAAGGCGAUCCACUGACCGUCACCAUUCCGGUUUACGCCUUCCCAGCCGUCCCGAGGACCGGAAUUGUGAUCAAGAUAGGAGAUCGCAUAAUGAGUACCUCAGGCAAUAUCACGUUUAACUUAGAGAACGGUACCGGCUUCGUGUCUUUUCAUAACAAGAGCAUUCCAAGCGACAACCAAACGCUAUCCGUGGUAAUCAACGCGACGCAAGAAGAGUACUUUCGCAAUUUUACUGUGAAUUUCACAAAUGCCGUUGGUACAACAACUGCACAUUUCGAAAUUGUCCCACAAGGACCUCCCGACAUACCGGUAUGUUUUAAACUACAAUUGACAACGUAUCAAAGCGUUUCAUUCGCCGUCGAGUCCGGCUUCUUCAACGGCGGGGAUCAAACCAUCGUCAUUGAGUACAGACGAGUGAACAGCAAUUCCUUAUGGGAAAACGGCUCGGAAGCUUACGUUGGAAAAGGGAACAAUGUCUUUGUGACGAUGAUGGUGUGUGAUCUUACGCAAAUGACCGACUAUGAGUUUAGAGUCUAUGCUUUCAACAUGUAUGGUCAGAGCGAGUACUGGGCUGUGGUGCAAGUCGCUACUGCUCUAUAUGUUCAAAUGGCCGUUGGGAUUGUAACUGGCGGCACUGCAGGCAUUAUCGGUUUUAUCGUGCUGGCUGUGUGCUUGAAGAAGAAGCGCGGACAAGCAGAGAUCAACAUGUAUGCAGAAGGUUCUACAACAACCGGAAACAUCUUCCUGAAUACCAACACGACUGAAUUACAAACAUCUAUGGACAGUCAUCGGUGUAACAAAGUCAAAGACCAUUCAAAAGACGAAGAGGACUACAUGAAUUUGCGUUUGGGCACCCCACAAAGCAUGGCUGGCGAUAUGAGUGUUGAAAACCGCACGUAUGGGACCAAAGUCAAAGACCAUUCAAAAGACGAAGAGGACUACAUGAAUUUGCGUUUGGGCACCCCACAAAGCAUGGCUGGCGAUAUGAGUGUUGAAAACCGCACGUAUGGGACCACACACUUAGCACAAAAGUCUAUCGAUACCGAGUUGGAACAAGGGAGUAUCAACAUAACGAUACCACAAACGUCUACAAAGACACCUUUUGCAGCGCGUUCUGGGAAACGCGCACUUUUACAAGAUGAAGAAGGUGAUUAUAUACAAAUGAAUGUACCAAGAAAACCAGCUAAACAUAUGUAUGAGAACCUUCAGCUAACGCCGGAUAAAACCAAACCAAAGGAGAUGAAAGGCGACGAAUUUGAAAAUGAUGACGUGACAUUGCAGAAGUUAAUCUAAACAGUUCAGCGAAUUUCCCUGCCCCUACACCACCCUCAAGUACUGAUGAAGAUGACUACGAGGACACCUUUACAAACAGGAAGCAUAAAACAACCUUAAGAACGUUUUAGCCCGUAAAUGAGUGCAUAUUUUCUUUAAUGUAAUCAUAUACCUGAAUUGUUGGUAGACAAAACAUGCCCGUGUUGAAUAAUUAUAGCGUACAUUCAAUAUGACUUUCUUUCUUGAGCGAUGAUGUUAAUUUACAUAAAUUCUAUGAUAUAACGAGGUCGUGUGAUCGACGAGAAUAUGUUCUUUAAAACUCGAGCUGUCGAAUGAUGUAACUUGAAAUGUAUUAAUGUAUUUUGUUUUGUUUUGAGCGUUUGUCUAUCUAGUGUAAAUAGAAACGUGUGUAUUCUAUUUAAAAUAUGCACUUCAACUUAGUCACGUCAUACAUGAAUUAGAUCUAUGCGUUUAACUUAUUAUUUACGUAUAAAGCACGUUUGUAAAAGUGCACAAUCAUAGUGCACAAACAAUAUGUGUUAUAUCAAACUGCAAUAUGAAAUUUGCUCGGGCGUUGACAUUCAAAUAUGCGUAAACUAUAUGUGUACAUAUUUACAACAAGCAUGCGUUCAUUGACUGUUUUUCAUAGUUUAAUACACAAUAUAAAACACUUUAUGUUCAAAAUAUCUUUUCAUUUGUUUUUAAGUUUAAUAUAAAUUAUAUCCUACACGUUUCUUUCAGACGUUUAGAAUAUAGCAAUAUGUAAUUUGUAUUCGACCGUUUACACAUAAUUAUUAAUUUUAUGCCAACGUUCCGAACAGCGAACGUAUUACGUUUGGUAUAUUCUUCCUUUUUUACGAUGUUAAAAUAAUUAUUACUUUAUGAGUAAGAAGUCAUUAUUCAUUUUUUCAUAUAUAACCAGUCAUACACUUUUCAAACUGUUCACUUAUUAUCCUAAAAGUGAUGCGUCGAAAAUACACGUUGUUUUGCAAUAUUAAUUUUGUCGAAACUAACUAUCCAAUCGUGAAAAUAUUUCUUAAUACGAUUUGACAGUAUCACUAAUUCGUAACGGGUAAAUCCAUUUUGCAUUUCCGGUCGCGUUUUAUAUGCGCGCAUUUCAAAUAAACCAAAGGUUUUCGAAUAGCAACUUUUCAUUAAAAAGUAGUUCCAAACCAACACGUAUCAGCUCAUAAGCUGCUCUAAAUAUUGACCGCAAUUUACUCAGAUUCAAACUUUGCCAAUGUUUUGGAAAUAUACAAAGUCUGACCGUGUUUUAUCAAGGCUGAGUCAUACAUAUAGCUUCUAGACCUUUAAUUUAGACUCACAUUAGAACUCGGCUUAAGUUCAGAUUAAGGUUCUAAUACACUUUCAUUAAGAAUGAGUAAUUAUUCAAUGUUCAUAUUUUUUUCUUAGAUUUGGCUGAGUGACCUACAAUUGACCUGACUGCAUCAGAUUUGGACUUGACCCAUUUAUUGCCUAGUUAAACAGUAUGUCAUAGUUGCAUCAAUUUUAUUUGUCCUUUAUGUAUAACGUGGUAACAUGUCGAUAACAAGAUUGGUGCAACAUUGUGACUUUAUGAACCCACUUGACCGAAAUUUGAUCAAGAAUAUGUAACUUACGAAACUAACAAAAUUGCGCGGAUUGUGGUAGACUAGCAAUGCCAAGUUUGUUCGUAUAUGCGAUUGAAGCCAGAUUGUUAUUUAAGCUUAUGUGUAAAUCAUACAGGUAUUAUGGGUUUUAUAACUUUUGAAUUUGAUUGUAAGUCUCAACACAGAAACAGAACUCGCAUGACGUAUGAAAUUUUUCUUUCUAUUACAAUUACCUUGAACAUGUGGUCAUGGAUUUAGGUUUUAUAAUGUGUAUUAUAAUUCGUCUUGGUUUUGCUUUUUAUAUAUUUUAUGUGACCCUUAAUAUAAACACAAAUUUGUACAGUUUCUUAAUAUGUAACAUUGUCUUAUUGAUAUAUGUAUGUAUGUGUGUUUUUGGAUAAGUUUGUAUUGUAGAAAUCAAGACAAAUGUAUUGAUUAAGUGUGCGAAAGUAUGACGUAUACAUACAUAUAACGAGCAUAUAUCGAGCGUAAGUUUAGGAUUACAGGAAAUGUAUAUAUUUAUGUACAUGUAUGUAAGCAACACGUAAUUCGGUCGUGUACAUGAACAUACUUAUUUGACGUAUUUAUUGUUUUUGUUUCACGUUUUUAUGAUUCUAAGGCUGUUUUGAUUAUCACAAGUUUGUUUCUAAUUGAUUGGACCGUAUCUACGUAUUCUAUUUUUCCUAUUUACAGUAUUUAUAGUAGAAUUGUUGAUGAUUGGGAUCCGUUUAUGCUAUAUAAUAUGUUUAUGUGUUUAAACAAUAUGUAAACAAUAUGUAACACACGUUGACCUCAUGUAUGAUGAAUGCAUUUCAUAAAAGUACAUUAUUGUCAAAGUAAAAAAUGUAUUAUUCGCAUACAUGUUACACAAUGUGUUGAAGCAUUUUUUUACGUUAAUUAUACACAAUUUGUUAAUACGUGUUUAAAUUUAAUUACCUUGAGAUUGUAAGUACAUCAGUUAAUGCUAUGCCUUAAGCCUAGUUGCGUUAUGUUUGUAUCGUUGUGUCUUUCAAUGUAUUUUUAUAUGCAUGUUACUAAUUUUCUGCAAUA